AGUUUAGCUGUUGUUGUCACACUGGAAGAAAAUGGCUGCCGCUCCGACUUUUUUUCAAUGAAGACACUGAUAUUUCAAUUUCAUUUCGUUUUCUCGCGCUGGAGCUACAGUCGACCGCUAUGCAACCUAAAAGGGUGUGAAUGGUCACUCUAGGAAGGUGACAGUGUGGGUGCAGAAAGGACAGCAUCGUCUACCGUCACUCGCCUUGCAGCUGGCGGUGGACCACAAUGCAACAAGUUUUGGAAUAUGCAUUGGAUCGAGCCGAGUACAUUGUUGAAAGUGCUCGACAACGACCAGCCAAAAGAAGAAUUUCAUCUGGUGGGAGGAAGAGUUUGUAUCAGAAGCUCUAUGAGCUGUACAUGGAGGAAUGUGAGAAAGAGCCAGAGUUAAAGAAUUUGAGGAGAAAUGUGAAUCUACUGGAGAAGCUGGUGUCUCAGGAGUCUGUAUCAUGUCUGGUGGUCAACCUGUACCCUGGGAAUGAAGGCUACUCUUUAAUGCUCAGGGGCAAAAAUGGAUCUGAUUCUGAAACCAUCCGUCUGCCAUAUGAAGAAGGAGAACUGCUGGAGUACCUAGAUGCUGAGGAGUUGCCUCCUAUCUUGGUGGAUCUGUUGGAGAAAUCACAGGUGAACAUCUUCCACUGUGGCUGUGUAAUAGUAGAAGUGAGAGACUACAGGCAGUCUGGCAAUACAAAGAUGCCCACCUAUCAGAGCAGGCACAUCCUGCUGCGGCCAACCAUGCAGACUCUAAUUUGUGAUGUCCAUGCCAUGACCAGUGACCACCACAAGUGGACACAGGAUGACAAAUUGCAGCUGGAGAGUCAAUUGAUUUUGGCCACAGCUGAACCUCUGUGCCUGGACCCGUCCAUUUCUGUCACCUGUACAGCCAACCGCCUGCUCUACAACAAACAGAAAAUGAACACUCGCUCUAUGAAACGUUGUUUCAAGAGGCACUCUCGAGCUGCACUGAACAGGCAGCAGGAGCUGUCCCAUCUGCCCAUGCCACCACAGCUACGACUCUACGACUACCUACAGAGGAGGAAGGAGAGGAAACCUGCUCCUGUCAUAGACCUGAAGAUCUCAAAGAUUGGAAACUGUGUUGACAUGUGGAAGCAGAGCAACUGCCAACUAACUGUACCGAAGGAAAUUGAUGUGGAAAAGUAUGCUGUGGUUGAGAAAUCUCUGCAGUUGGAGGACUCUCAGCCCACUACUGUGAUUUGGCCUGCUGAGGAAGUUGUAGAUGACUACACAUUUGAGUGUGAGGUGGGGGGGCAAGCCCAGAGGACAAAGGUGUCCAUCUUUCAGUCGAUGGGAGACCCGCUGGUGUAUGGAAAGAUCUACUGUGCUAAAGAACCAAAAGCAGAGGAGGACAGCACAGACCUAAAGCUCAUACAUCCCCCCUUCCUCAUAGGCUCAAAGAUAGAUGCAGACCGGUUUCUUACUCAGUACAAAGGAGUGUACGAGAGAGAUGUCAAGUGUCAGGUCAAGAUGUCCCAUAACUCAGGCAGCGUGGGACAGGGGCCUCCCUCCCCCAGCAAAGAUGAGGGUGAUGGUAUUUCCCCAUUGGUCCAGACGUCUGUUUUGGGGAAAGGGGUGAAGCAUCGACCACCUCCCAUCAAACUGCCUUCAGGAUCAGGCAGCAGCUCCUCAGGUAAUCCAUAUAGUUCACAAACCACCAGUGGUCUACUCAAGUGUCCUACGCCCCCUCCAGCCAAAAGCCAGUCUCUGAACAGGAAGCACUCCAUGGAGCUGAGCCAGGUGGGCCUGUUGUCACCCGCCUCCCUCUCCCCUAUGGGCUCCACACAGAGAUCGGGGACCCCCAAGCCAUCCACCCCCACACCCACAAACACGCCGUGCUCGACCCCGCACCCCGCCGACUCCCUUUCUGCUCCUCUCUCAGUGACCCCUACCCCUUCAGACCCUCCCAUGGUUCAGAACCAGUCGCAGCCCGCCCUCCUCACACCCUUCGCCCAACAGCAACUGGCUCUAAGCCAGCCCCUGCCCGUCAUGACCAUUCCCCUGCCCACCAUGGGUACGUCCAUCACAACGGGAACAACCUCGCCGCAAGUCAUGGCCAACCCGGCAGGGCUCAAUUUCAUCAACGUGGUCAGCUCCGUCUGCAGUCCGCAGACCUUGAUGAGUAGCUCCAGCCCCAUGCUGGGUCCAGGCCUUAACCUGAGUGGAAUCCUGCCUCCUGGAGGGUUGAUGCCCACCAUGCAGUCGGCAGCUCAGACUGGGAGUCCUUUUGGCCUGAAUAGCAGUGCUGGAUUGAGACCACUGAACCUACUGCAGAUCCCCACUGGUCCUCUCAUCUUUAACCCUCUGCAGCAGCAGCAGCUGUCUCAGUUCUCCCCACAGCAGAGUCAGUCGGCCACCUCCAGCCCUCAACAGCAGGGGGAGACGGGUGACCAGGGGUCAGAUCAAAGUUUAGGAAACCAGCAAACAGCGGUCAUCAACCUUGGAGUCGGAGGAUUCAUGUCUCCACAGGCAGCAGUGCUGUCCCAGUUGGGCUGUGGGCUGGACGGGUCUGGGCCCCCGCUGCCUUCUCCAAGGCUUCAGCAGCAGCACCAGCCACAGAUCCAAUUGCAAUUCUUGCAGCACCAAAUGCAGCAGCAGCAAAUGGCUAUGGGAGCAGCAGCUCCUCAGGGGGGAGCACCACGGCAACAUACCGCCAGCCAACCAAGAAGUAAGAGGAAGAGGAGCAUGCCACAGCCCCUCCCAAAGUCAUGACAGACUAAAAUCACACUAAGAACCCUUUCCCCAGCUACACAAGGACAUGAAUGAUCCAUACUGUGCUCUUUGUCUGCCUCACUGUGGAGACUGCAGACAAAAAAAUACUUUUUUGUCCUUUCUGUGUGUCUUUUUCUAGCUGACAAAUUUGUAAUGUAAUGAUUGUCAGAGGUUUUGGAGAACCAAAACUGUGUCCGCCAUAGAGGAUGGGGGUUUUUAGGACAGGGAGCCCUACACUUAAAGAACCGUAGUGAUAUUUUUUUGAGAUGAAAAAAAGAAAAAGAUGGUUCUCGUAGGUAGCAGGCUUUCACAAUAACACGUUGCCCCUUCAGGAUGACUUUUCUCUAUGGGGGGCCCCCGUGGACCGAGAGGAUCAUGAAUGCAUAUUCUCAGAGGAUUCCUCAUGAGCCUGCCUCUGCUUGGUUGACCCCGGUAGAAACUGCCCUUUAAGCACGGAUCCCAGCUGAGCUUAUUGACACCAAAUCCUCCACAUAACCAUUACAUGUGAAAAUGCAAAUCUGAUCUUGGA